AUGAACUACGACGAAGGCGACGUGUCCUUAGACGUAAACCAACCAAUCUUCGCCCUUACUCAAUACACCACCAAGUCCACUUUCCGGGAUCAGCCAAACCUCCCUUUGGUUUCUGCUCCACCUUCUUCAGCUCAACAACAAGCACCUCACUCAAAUGUUUCGUCAUUUCCCGGACUAGGUCUUGCCGUCGGCACGACCUUCAACUCCUGGGAAACUGUCGACGAAUUUUUGCUGGCCUAUGGCCGACAGCAGGGCUUUGUUGUCCGCAAAAAAAGGGUCGAAAAGGACGACGCAGGUUUAGUUCGAAAACGCACGUAUGAUUGUGAGCACGGUGGAAGAUAUACACCAAAGAAGAAAGCACCGUUGAGCGAUCAACGAAAUAGGAAGUCGAAGAGAAUUGAAUGCGGUUGGCAUAUUAAUCUAAGUUAUCCCAAGACAGGACAUCAUAUUACUGUAACAACAUUUAUAAAUGAGCAUAAUCAUGAAUUGAAUGGCGAUCACGGUAGAAGAGAGCCUGGAAGAUCAGGACGGAUGGUUAGAGGGAUGAAUGGGCGUCAUGAGAAUAGACAAGGACUUUUAGCUGGGAGAAAUUUAGAGCAAAUACAGGCGGGGGCACAGCAACCACAUGAUGUAAUGAUGGAAGUUGAAUCUGUGCAGGCAAUCGAUGAUGAAGAUGAUGCGACAAAUUCCAUUCAUUCACAUCCAAAACAUCGAUCUGCAUCAACCGCUUCGUCCACAAACAAUACUGCAAUUCCACCCCAAAUCCUCGAACAAAUAAAGUUCUAUACGUUUCAUGGAAACCUUUCAUCGUCCACCCAACGUUCGUUGUUGAAAUGCAAAUACCCUAACAUCUCCAUUUCAGUGAGAGACAUCACAGCCGCAAUACAGAGAAUGCGAUCGAAUGGGGAGAGAAUGGGUUCGGAAAGGUGGGAAAGUGUAUCGGAAACGGGCAACGUUGCAUCGAAUAGUAACGAUAUGAGGAGACUGUGGCUUUCAGAGCUGUCAAGACAAGCGACGGCAAUAGCUAUUGAGUGCGUAGAUGAUAAGUAUGAACAGUUCUUGACGGAUUAUAUCAAAGAGAAAACAGGCGCGAGGUGCGAAAGAGAACAAUAA